AAAACGACUAAUAAAGUUUUGUUCUUUCAGGCGAUGUCAGUGAUUGGAGACAGAAGGUCACGAGAACAGAAAGCCAAACAGGAGAGAGAAAAAGAGUUGGCCAAGGUCACCAUCAAGAAAGAGGAUGUAGAACUAAUUAUGUCAGAGAUGGAGAUCUCGCGGGCCGUGGCAGAACGCAGUCUGAGGGAACACAUGGGGAACGUGGUGGAGGCUCUGGUGGCUCUGACCAACUGAACAAACAUUUACACACUGGACUGCUACAAUUUGUUUUUUUUACCAGAGCUCAUCAAGACAAUGAGACUGAACUCAGCGGUCAGCGGCGGUUGUGAUGUAAUCUUCACCCCAAAUCAUUUUUUUUUCUUUUUUAAAAUAAAAACCUGACCUGUG